CUGUAUACUAUUCAUUUAGAAAUCGAUUACAAUUGAGCAAGUUAUGGAUAUUUAAAAAGUACGCGUACCACAACCAACACAGUGUGAUGGGUGAGCGAGCUGACUGCACCAAGAUGGCCGCCAUGUGCGGACGCAGCGCAGCCAGCCUUUACAUGCAUGUCUGCGCCGCGCCAGCAGGGGGCGGUGCGUGUCCCUGCGCCGCGGGGCAGAAGAAGAGCGGUCCUCGUGGAGCCAUGGAGCGGCUGCGGGUGUUGGAGCUCUACAGCGGGAUAGGAGGCAUGCACUACGCGCUGCAAGAGAGCGGCAUACCUGCCCAGGUGGUGGCUGCCAUCGACGUCAACACGACGGCCAAUCAAAUCUACAGGCACAACUUCCCCGACACCACCCUCUGGAACAAGACCAUUGAGGGCAUAACUCUAGAUGACUUUGAUAAAUUACCCGUCGACAUGAUUGUGAUGAGCCCCCCAUGCCAGCCUUUCACCAGGGUCGGACUUCAGGGGGACAUCGCCGACUCCAGAACCAAGAGCUUCCUGCACAUCCUCCACCUCCUGCCCAGGCUGUGCCGGCGGCCCCGCUUCAUCCUGCUGGAGAAUGUGAAGGGCUUCGAGGUGUCCUCUGCCAGGCAGCGCCUGGUGGAGACACUCGUGGAAUGCGGCUACACUUUCCAGGAAACCAUGAUCUCACCCACAAGUGUCGGGAUCCCAAAUUCCAGGCUGCGCUAUUUCCUGACUGCUAAGUUAUCAACAGCUAACGAAAGCAGCCAGAGUUCAAAGAUUCCAGAGGCCUUCCCACAUCCUGCUGGUGCUUCUCCUCACCAGCACACCGUCGUCUCCAGUCCUCCCAGUGCAGCUACGGGCCGGCCAGACGAGGACACGCAGGGGGGUCAUGUCCUCUAUAAGCAAGAGACCGAGAGGGAGGCCCAGCGGAAGACCAGUCAGAACCAGGACCUGUCCGUCAGGCGCAUCCGGGACUUCCUGGAACCGCCAGGGGACGUGAACAUGGAGCACUACCUCCUGCCCCCCGGCACCCUGCUGAGAUAUUCCCUGCUGCUGGACAUCGUUCAGCCCACCUGCAGGACUUCCGUGUGCUUCACUAAAGGCUACGGCCGCUACGUGGAGGGGACGGGCUCAGUGCUGCAGUGCUGCGUGGAGACGGAGAUGGAGAGCGUGUUUGCAGGUCUGGACCAGAUGUCUGAAGACGACAAACUCCAGCAGCUGCUGAAGCUCAAGCUGCGUUACUUCAGCCCCCGAGAGGUGGCCAACCUCAUGGGCUUCCCUCAGAGCUUCUCCUUCCCGCAGCAGAUCAGCACCAAGCAGCAGUACAGAGUUCUGGGAAACAGCCUCAACGUGGUGGUGGUGGCCCGGCUGCUCCGGCUGCUCGUCUCCUAGCACCUCGAGCCCUCGUGGACUGCGUGUAAGGCGACAUCUAACCAGGAACCAUGCAGGAGGACCCGCCCCGGGUCAACGCAGCGCUUCCUGUGGUUUUGGACCUGGUGGUGGUGACACAUCGCUGCUCUCAGGCCGCGUGCGAGAGACCCAAUAAGACCUUCAGUUAGAGUCCAAUCAGAGACGAGGAGUCCUUGUCCUCGUGUGUCCUGCUACAGGUUCUGUUCAUGUGUGAAGAUCAUCUGGCUAAACCAGAACCAUUUAUUACCCUAAUCCACGAACCCAAACUGCCAUAAAUGGUUAUUUAUCGUAAACCCAAUUGAAUAUUGUCCUAUGAAUCCAAAUAAAGAAUCUGUGGCGUCCGUUGUUGUUGGGGGUGUUCACCUGAAGAGGACCUUCUCUGUAGGACAGCAGGAGGUACCGGGGGCAUCAUCAGCGUGCCUGACCCACAGAGGGGGGGCUGCGCCGGCCUCUGGGCUCAGUCAAGCUGACGUGGCGACGCCAUCGAGUCGGCUGCUCUUGUGGCAAUGACCGUUCUCCUGGUCCCGUGAGUCGGGAGUCCGUUCCGUUUAUACAGGGGAGGGUGUCAGCGGUGACAUCAUCGGGUUGGACCAAGUAAAGGGGGGAGGGGUCUGUCGUAAUGGGUGUCACCCGUACACCUGGUGCCACCUGGAGCAGGUUGAUUUGACGGCACCACAAACGUUAGAGGACGUUGACCGUUGGGGGGGACAGGUGGUUGAUUGGGUUGCGUUUAUUCAUCUACGUUAAAGGACCAGGGACCUUUUUACA